UCAGUCCCUCUGACUGUGACUGUGACUGUGAGUUUCUCAAAAAAAGAAAAGUCUUUGUGACUGUGAGUAGGGUUUAACAGUUGAAGGUUGAAGCGACUCUCAACCGUGCUCUGCUUGUUUUCUUCUUCUCUCCGAUACUCCUAAAGCUUAAUCCUAAAUUUGAAGCUCAAGCCCACCAAUCUAAACAACAAUGCAAAGCCUCAAACACAUAAAAACACAAAGUUCUUGUUCAAUUUUACUAAGAAACCAAAUUCAUAGACUCAGUUUUUUCACAAUAUCAAAGCACCAUUAUUCUUCUUCAAGCUCCAAAAAUGGCGGAGGUGAAGAAUGGAACGACGCGUGGGAAUCGGCUUGGCUCCCAGAAGACCUCUCGGCCAAGCACCGUGCUCCAUGGGAAACCGACGUGAAUUUCUCUUCGGCUUCAGAGGCGGUGGUUGUGGAGGACUCGGAAGCCAAGGCGUUUGUGGAGGACAUGAAUGAGAAUUGGAAUCAGAGAAAAGGGUCUAAGCCCAAAAGCCCAGAGAAGCAACAGAAUGAUAGUGAUAGUAGUAAGGGUUCGCUUUAUAGCUUGGAGAACAUGAAGAAGGAUUACAGGUUGAAGAAGCAGAGAAUUCACGCUGGGUUGUGGAUGAAGGAGAUUGAGAAGGAAGAGGAGGCUAAGUUGGGGGAUUCUAUGGCGAAUGGUGGAGAUGAUAUUGAAAAAUUGCUGGAUAGCUGCUCUGAGAUUUUUGACACUUCCAACAAUGAUUUGAACGACUCAAAAAUCCCAGGCUCUUCUGAAUUCAAAAACAAGCCUGAUGGUUGGGAAACAACAGCCAAGGCUCAAGAUGGGAAUAUAUGGGAGAUGUCACAGAGGGAAGAGGACAUUCUCCUCCAAGAAUUCGAUCGUCGAAUUGCAUACAGCAAAUUUCAGAUAGCUAGUUUUAUCAAGACACACAUAUUUAGCCGAAGGAGACCAAUUGAUGGGUGGAAAUACAUGAUAGAGGAGCUGGGACCAAAUGCCAAGAAAGGAAAGGGUAGUGUUUCAAGGUUACCUAGUCUAUCUGAUGCAUCAACCCAACCCUUUAAGGAGGAGAAGACUCCACUUGAUAGCAGGUUGAUCCCCUUAAAGGGAAGGUAGCUCGGAGUCCAACUUCUCUCAGAUAUUCUCUUUUGCAUAUUAGACCUGCUGGAAAGGUUUAUGGGAGCAAAAAGGUACAUUCUGAAAUUUGGGGGGCUAUUCCUUUGUGUUCGAUGUGGGCUAUAUGAAGAGAAAGGAAUAUGAGUACUUUCAAAGGUAAAGAAUGUUCGAUUAUCCAGCUAAAGUUUCAGUUCUUGAGAACUCCUUAUGAGUGGGAGCAAGCUGGCAUGCCAUCUUCUGCUUCAGAUUUUGUAGCUGUUAUGGACAAUUUGUUCCUUAAAUGAUUUUCCUUGCAGCUCUUUUUUCUAAUAGGGUUUCCCUUUGUAUAAUCUCCUUGAACUUGGGCUACGCCCCUCUAUUCUUAUUUUAUUAAUGAAAUCUUUAUACUUAUUAAGGGAAAAAAAUGAUGAUUGAAUCUAUUGAUGGCCACUAUCAAUUCUAGUGAUUUUGGUUCCCUGGUAAUAACAUCCUGUGGAGAACAGAAUUUUGUUCUGCUGAAUGCUAAAAGAGUGUGUUUCAGUGUAUGUAUUUCCUUCAGAACUGCAGUUCCUACUGUUGAAUGAGAUUUUAAAUUUUUGUUUAUUUAUU